UCGUCUCCUUUAUUCUCGCGAUCGUCCGAGAAAUGUACUGCGCGCGUAGUAUCGCGAUUCUGUUCCGGUGAUGUGAUUGCGGUGUUUUUUUCUUAACGUUUUAAAGUUUGAAAUUGAAAAAAGCAACCGUCAACCGACAAAAAUCGGAUUUUCGCAUUUUGAGCGUCCGGAUACAUAUCAAUACAAGUGAAUUCCAAAGACGCCCUCAAAAUGUUGUGGCAUUUUUUGCCCUUGUGCUUUCUGGCAGUCCUCAUUAAGGCUGACGGAUCGCUACUGGACGUUGGCUUGGACCCCGCCAAAGAUGAUUCCGGGGUAAUAAUGAUGAACUCCGCCAUGGCCGAUCGGUUCGUGCGCCAGAGCGAUUAUGGGCAUGAAAACGGCGUCGAGCACAGGGUGCAACUCAAGGGCAUCCGCGUGGAUUGCGGCGCCGCGUCAGCGAACGGAGUCAUAGCUGUGGAAAUUGAAUUCCUGGAACCGUUCAACGGCGUGAUCUACAGCAAAGGUCGACACGACGACCCCAAAUGCAGAUUUGUGCAGAGUGAUUCAGGACAAUAUUCAUAUCAGUUCCAAAUACCAAUAGAAGAUUGCCGUCCUCCUGUAAAUGAGGGAUGUUCAUCUACCGAAGAUGGUGGAAGUUGUGACUUAGGUUCUAUUGAAAAUACAAUAAUCAUCCAGACAGAUAGUACAAUUCAAGAAGAAUGGGAUUUAGCACGAAAAGUCUCAUGUCCAUCAGAGACAAAGCCAGGUACAGGAAAACGAGUGCGAUUCAAGCCUAUUGUAGUCGAUAUGUUAGAAGUUGUAUCUGUUCCUUCUGGAAAUGAAGGCACACUACAAUGUUGGAUGGAUAUACAAAGAGGUCAAUAUCCAAAUACAUCACCAGUAGACAAAAUCAUAAAAAUUGGUGAAUCACUUUCAUUGAUUGUAUAUGUAAAGAGCACUGAUGAAGCUUACGAUGUAAGAGUAAGAGAAUGCUGGGCAUAUGAUAAUGAUAAUUAUGAAUCCGCAACUACUACAAGUAUACAACUGACAGAUUCAUCAGGAUGUCCAAAGAGAAAGAAAUUAAUUUCACAAUGGAAAAAAACCCAAACUGUUGACCAAAAUGGUAUUACCACAAUUGGAUACACAAAUGUCACUGCUUUCAAAUUUCCAGAUAAACAACAAGUGUACCUCACUUGUAAUGUUGAAUUAUGCUUAGGAAAUUGUCCAGAAGAGAAAUGUCAAACAGCUUUACCAAAUUAUCCAUCAACUACCAUUCGUCCAAUAACUACUCCAGCACCGGUUUGCUACCCAGGAUCAAAUGAUCCAAGGUGUCCAAAACCUUCACCACCACCAACAUACUAUCCUUCACCAUCAACACCAGCACCGCCAGUAUGUUACCCAGGAUCAAACGACCCAAGAUGCCCAAAACCAUCUCCACCUCCAACAUCAUAUCCAACUCCAUCAACAACAGCCAAACCUGUAUGUUACCCUGGAUCAAAUGACCCACGAUGUCCAAAACCUUCACCACCACCAACAUACUAUCCUUCACCAUCAACACCAGCACCGCCAGUAUGUUACCCAGGAUCAAACGACCCAAGAUGCCCAAAACCAUCUCCACCUCCAACAUCAUAUCCAACUCCAUCAACAACAGCCAAACCUGUAUGUUACCCUGGAUCAAAUGACCCACGAUGUCCAAAACCUUCACCCCCACCAACAUACUAUCCUUCACCAUCAACACCAGCACCACCAGUGUGCUACCCAGGAUCCAACGAUCCAAGAUGUCCAAAACCUUCACCACCACCAACAUACUAUCCUUCACCAUCAACACCAGCACCACCGGUGUGCUACCCAGGAUCAAAUGACCCUAGAUGCCCAAAACCAUCUCCACCACCAACCUCAUACCCAACUCCAUCAACACCAGCACCGCCAGUAUGCUACCCAGGAUCCAACGAUCCAAGAUGUCCGAAACCGACGUUGCCACCAACUACUCCAGCACCGAUUUGCUACCCAGGUUCAACUGAUCCGAGGUGUCCAAAACCUUCUCCACCCCCCACAUCUUACCCAACACCAUCAACACCAGCUCCACCUGUAUGUUAUCCAGGAUCAAACGAUCCAAGGUGUCCAAAACCAUCUCCACCUCCAACAUACUACCCAUCACCAUCAACUCCAGCACCACCAGUUUGCUACCCAGGAUCAAAUGAUCCACGGUGUCCAAAACCAACAUUACCUCCAUCAACUCCAGCUCCUCCUGUGUGUUACUUUGGAUCUAAUGACCCAAGAUGUCCAAAACCAACGUUGCCACCAACUACACCUGCACCAGUCUGCUACCCAGGGUCUAACGAUCCAAGAUGUCCAAAACCUUCACCGCCUCCUACAUACUAUCCUUCUCCGUCAACUCCAGCACCACCAGUUUGCUACCCAGGAUCAAAUGAUCCAUGGUGUCCAAAACCAACAUUACCUCCAUCAACACCAGCCCCACCAGUCUGUUACCCAGGAUCCAACGAUCCAAGAUGUCCAAAACCAACGUUGCCACCAACUACUCCAGCACCAGUUUGCUACCCAGGUUCAACUGAUCCAAGAUGUCCAAAACCAUCUCCACCCCCCACAUCAUACCCAAUUCCAUCAACACCAGCUUCACCUGUAUGUUAUCCUGGAUCCAACGACCCAAGAUGCCCAAAACCAACACCACCUCCAACUACCCCAGCACCAGUUUGCUACCCAGGAUCAAAUGAUCCAAGGUGUCCAAAACCAUCUCCUCCUCCUACAUAUUACCCAAUUCCCUCAACACCAGCUCCACCUGUAUGUUAUCCAGGAUCAAAUGAUCCAAGGUGUCCAAAACCAUCUCCUCCUCCUACAUAUUACCCAAUUCCCUCAACACCAGCUCCACCUGUAUGUUAUCCAGGAUCCAACGAUCCAAGAUGUCCAAAACCAACGUUGCCACCAACUACUCCAGCACCAGUUUGCUACCCAGGUUCAACUGAUCCGAGAUGUCCAAAACCUUCUCCACCCCCCACAUCUUACCCAACUCCAUCAACACCAUCUCCACCUGUAUGUUAUCCAGGAUCAAAUGAUCCAAGGUGUCCAAAACCAUCACCACCUCCAACAUACUAUCCUUCCCCGUCAACCCCAGCACCACCAGUUUGCUAUCCAGGAUCAAAUGACCCUAGAUGUCCAAAACCAUCUCCACCACCAACAUCGUAUCCAAUUCCAUCAACACCGGCUCCACCUGUAUGUUAUCCUGGAUCAAAUGACCCAAGGUGUCCGAAACCAACACCCCCUCCAACUACCCCAGCACCAGUUUGUUACCCAGGAUCCAACGACCCAAGAUGUCCAAAACCAUCACCACCUCCCACAUCUUACCCAAUUCCAUCAACACCAGCUCCACCUGUCUGUUACCCUGGAUCAAAUGACCCACGGUGUCCAAAACCUUCACCACCACCAACAUACUAUCCUUCCCCGUCAACCCCAGCACCUCCAGUCUGCUACCCAGGGUCUAACGACCCAAGAUGUCCGAAACCGACACCACCUACAACUGCUCUUGCACCACUUUGCUACCCAGGGUCAAAUGAUCCUAGGUGUUCAAAACCAACUACACCCCCAAAUACUUAUUUACCGCCAUCAACCCCAGCACCACCAGUGUGCUAUCCAGGAUCAAAUGACCCUAGAUGUCCAAAACCAUCCCCACCUCCCACAUCUUACCCAAUUCCAUCAACACCAGCUCCACCUGUAUGUUAUCCAGGAUCAAAUGAUCCAAGGUGUCCAAAACCAACACCCCCUCCAACUACCCCAGCACCAGUUUGUUAUCCAGGAUCAAAUGACCCACGGUGUCCGAAACCUUCACCACCUCCAACAUAUUAUCCUUCACCAUCAACCCCUGCUCCACCAGUUUGUUACCCAGGAUCUAACGAUCCAAGAUGCCCAAAACCAUCUCCACCUCCCACAUCUUACCCAAUUCCAUCAACACCAGCUCCACCUGUAUGUUAUCCAGGAUCAAAUGAUCCAAGGUGUCCAAAACCAACACCCCCUCCAACUACCCCAGCACCAGUUUGUUAUCCAGGAUCAAAUGACCCACGGUGUCCGAAACCUUCACCACCUCCAACAUAUUAUCCUUCACCAUCAACCCCUGCUCCACCAGUUUGUUACCCAGGAUCUAACGAUCCAAGAUGCCCAAAACCAUCUCCACCCCCCACAUCUUACCCAAUUCCGUCAACACCUGCUCCACCUGUAUGUUAUCCAGGAUCAAAUGAUCCAAGAUGUCCAAAACCAUCUCCACCCCCCACAUCUUACCCAAUUCCGUCAACACCUGCUCAACCUGUAUGUUAUCCAGGAUCAAAUGAUCCAAGGUGUCCAAAACCAACACCCCCUCCAACUACCCCAGCACCAGUUUGUUAUCCAGGAUCAAAUGACCCACGGUGUCCGAAACCUUCACCACCUCCAACAUAUUAUCCUUCACCAUCAACCCCUGCUCCACCAGUUUGUUACCCAGGAUCUAACGAUCCAAGAUGCCCAAAACCAACACCACCUCCAACUACCCCAGCACCAGUUUGCUACCCAGGAUCAAAUGAUCCUAGGUGUCCAAAACCAUCUCCGCCCCCCACAUCUUACCCAAUUCCGUCAACACCAGCUCCACCUGUAUGUUAUCCUGGAUCCAACGACCCAAGAUGUCCAAAACCAACACCACCUCCAACUACCCCAGCACCAGUUUGCUACCCAGGAUCAAAUGACCCAAGGUGUCCAAAACCAUCUCCACCUCCCACAUCUUACCCAAUUCCGUCAACACCAGCUCCACCUGUCUGCUACCCUGGAUCAAAUGAUCCUAGAUGUCCAAAACCAACAUUGCCACCAACUACUCCAGCACCUGUCUGCUACCCAGGAUCAAAUGACCCUAGGUGUCCAAAACCAUCUCCACCUCCCACGUCUUACCCAAUUCCAUCAACACCCGCUCCACCUGUCUGCUACCCUGGAUCAAAUGAUCCUAGAUGUCCAAAACCAACAUUGCCACCAACUACUCCAGCACCUGUCUGCUACCCAGGAUCAAAUGACCCUAGGUGUCCAAAACCAUCUCCACCCCCCACAUCUUAUCCAAUUCCGUCAACACCAGCUCCACCUGUAUGUUAUCCAGGAUCAAAUGACCCAAGGUGUCCAAAACCAUCUCCUCCUCCUACAUAUUACCCAAUUCCGUCAACACCAGCUCCACCUGUCUGCUACCCUGGAUCAAAUGAUCCUAGAUGUCCAAAACCAACACCACCUCCAACUACCCCAGCACCAGUUUGCUACCCAGGAUCAAAUGAUCCUAGGUGUCCUAAACCAUCUCCACCCCCCACAUCUUACCCAAUUCCAUCAACACCCGCUCCACCUGUCUGCUACCCUGGAUCAAAUGAUCCUAGAUGUCCAAAACCAACAUUGCCACCAACUACUCCAGCACCUGUCUGCUACCCAGGAUCAAAUGACCCUAGGUGUCCAAAACCAUCUCCACCUCCCACGUCUUACCCAAUUCCAUCAACACCCGCUCCAUCUGUCUGCUACCCUGGAUCAAAUGAUCCUAGAUGUCCAAAACCAACAUUGCCACCAACUACUCCAGCACCUGUCUGCUACCCAGGAUCAAAUGACCCUAGGUGUCCAAAACCAUCUCCACCUCCCACGUCUUACCCAAUUCCGUCAACACCGGCUCCACCUGUAUGCUAUCUUGGAUCAAAUGAUCCUAGGUGUCCAAAACCAUCUCCACCUCCAACUUCUUAUCCGUCACCAACACCAACUGUUCCUGAACCAAUUUGUUACCCAGGAUCAAAAGAUCCAAGGUGCCCACAAAUUGCUCCUGUUCAAACGCCUUUUGUUUGUGUGUGUAAUAGUUCAACUCCUAAACCUAUUCCACCUCCAUUAUGUUAUCCUGGUUCUACAGACCCUCGUUGUCCUACUCAAGAAUCAUUGGUAUGUUAUCCUGGAUCACCAGAUCCAAGAUGUCCGCAAUUCCCUUCAUCAACACAAUAUCCACCUACGUAUUUACCACCUUUGGAACCAGCAUAUGCACAAGGAAAUAAUCAAUUUAUACAAGAAGUUACUACCCAGUACCCAUCAUAUAUAUCUACAGAUGAUAGUUUUGGUGGGCAGCAGCAACUAGAUGUUUUUAAUAAAGCUUUAAAUGGAUUUAAUAUUCAAAGGAGAGAUGUAGAGUCUGGUAUUCGACAGUUGAAAUCGCAGUUGAAAAAUGAAAUUGGUAACGAAAAUUUAGAUGCAUUAGAUAGCUUAGGAGAUGAUUUAUUACUUGAACUACAAAAUCAGUCGGAAUCUCAGAAAAAGCGUUAAACCUAAAUGUUCAUUUUAAAUUUUACCUUUAUAUUUAGACAUUUUGAUAUUUAAAUUUACAAAUUUAUUUGUAUAUUAUAUAUAAAUUGCUCAAGUGUAUUAAGUAUACAAAAUUGUUACCGACCGUCGUUACCAUUUACCACUUUAUAAUAAUGAUUAAUGUAUAUUAUUAAUUUCAUACAUUUUGUAUACAUGCCAUUAUGUUUUUUUUUAUUAAAUGUAUUUUUAUAUUUACUACUGAAAA